AUGCGAUACUCAAUCAUCGUCGCCGCCGGCGCCGCAUCGCUGGCCAUGGCUAGCCCCUUGGAGAAGCGCAAGAUGGAGACUACUUGGAUCAUGGACUACGACACCGUUACUGUUACGGAAGGCGAGACCUCCAAGCCCACCCUAUUCUGGGGAGGUGGUGCGAAGGAGCCCGCAACAACGAGCUCCACUCCCACGUUGCCAGUCGCUACCAUGACCCCUGAGGUGCCCGCGCCCGCGCCCACCUCACUACAGCCCUCUGUGGUCGUUGUUACCGAGACACCUUCGGCUGUGCCCCAGACGACUGCACUACCUGUCUACCAGGCCCCUACCUCUUCGCAAGCUGCUACGACUUCAUCAGCUGCCGCCGGAGGAAACGACUUCGUUUCUGUGGCUAUUGAGCACCACAACAUCCACCGCUCCAACCACUCCUCUCCUGAAGUUGGAUGGAGUACCGAGCUUGCCGGUUAUGCCAGCAACACCGCCGCCACCUGUAAAUUUGCGCACGACAUGCACCAGGGCAACGGAGGUUACGGCCAGAACUUGGCCAACUGGGCGCAAAGUGUGAACGCUGAGCAACUUGGUGAUGUCGGUGCCGUCAAGAUGGCCAUUACUGACAUGUGGUACAAUGGAGAGUUUGCCAAGUUCCUGCCUCAGUACUACGGCCUUGCCGACCCCCCCAUGGAUGACUUCGAGGGAUGGGGUCACUUUACUCAGCUUCUAUGGAAGGACUCUACCGAGAUCGGCUGCGCUGCCCAAUUCUGCGAGAAGGGUACCUUGUACGACGAGAUGGACGCCUGGUUCACCGUGUGCAACUAUUCUCCUGCUGGCAAUGUUGGUGGAAGCUAUGCUGCCGACGUACUCUCGCCGCUGGGCAAGUUGAUCGAGUCAGUCUAA